AUUUGGACGGGUAAAUACCUUCCAACACUCCACGUAGACUGUUUACGACCGCUUUUGCCUUUGGACGGAGCUCUUGAGACUGACUAGCUGGUGAAAGUGAGGAACGCUUACUCUGUUCCAGUUCCUUUCCACCGGACUGCCUCCAGCCUAUAGGCAUGCUCAGCAGCAGCUCCGUUCUGUCUCAGCCACAAGAACGGAGCACAGGGGACUGUGAGGCGCCAGCGUAAAGGCUAAAGUAUCUCUACGAGGCAGUGAUGGCUUCUGCUGAACAGUUUUACUCCGGCUCGAAGUGCUGUGCCUAGAACACAGACACUCGCAAUAAUACAUCAUGUACAGCGUGGAGGAUCUCCUGAUUUCUCACGGAUACAAACUGCCCAAAAAUGCUCCUUCAGCCAACAAGAAUCGAUACGCCGAUUGCCACCAUGAAAUCACAGAGAAGAGGUCUGGUGACGCAACAGUGAACGGGUAUGAAACAGACAGCGGGGCCUACGUUUACAGCAGGCAGGCUCCAGCAAAGGGCUACUUCAGUGAAAAUGAAUGCAGGGAGAGCAGCCAGAGGAGGAAAGCUGGCAGCGGUAACCAAGGUGACACACAGCCCUCGGGUGAUUUUCACACUACAGAUGCAGGGUUCUAUGAUGGAUCUUCCGGAAUGUAUUCCUCACGACAAAGGAGCGAGAGAGAUGUGGCCUACUGGAGAAGAAGAGGGCAAGAUUUCAGUGUUUUACUUAAUUACGCCGACAGUGGAGAGCCGAGAGGAAAUAACUCUUCAAAACCAGAAGAGGUGAGACGAGAGGUGUUUGCAAAGGAUCUGAAAAGUGAGAGAGAAAGUGCUCACCUGAAAGAGCAAGAUGUGGUGCAGGGGAAACGGACGAUCACUGGCAACAGGAAGUGGCAAAGCCUGGGCACAGAGGAGUGGGAGCCGGCUGUGGGGUUAGGAAGGCAGCUGUCGGAUGGAGACGGCGACAGGUGGGCACAAGAGCAGCACUGCCACAGACCUGGGGGUGGCACCGUUCAUCCAAAAACAAAAGGAAAAUCUCAGUCGCUACCUAGAGUACUGUCACCAGGCAGCCUGCAGUUUGUAGACAUGUCUGCAGCUACUCAGGAGACGUGCAGCAGCCAGAGACUCAACAGCAAAUAUCUUGACAGGCCAGCUAACAAAGAACAAUGGACUGAAAACAGCAGGCCAGGGGCUCCCGUUGCACUUUUACCAAAGCCCAGGUUUAGCAGGCCGCUCAAGCCCCCAUCGUAUGAGGCCCACCAGCAGACGAGAGGGAGCUCGGAAAUGAUUGCUGGAGGCCCAGACCCCAAGGCAAAAGAUGGAGCCGGGUCUAAUUUUUCAAAGAGUGGGGAAGCAAGGGUUGAGCCUUUCUCACAGGAGACUGCUGGCUCUGGCAUGGAGCCUCCAGUUUACGUACCUCCUCCAUCUUACAAAACGCCUUUUCAACAAAAAGGUAACCAAAAGACCUUUCAUGAAGUGCCUAAUCAGAAGUACCAGAGUGACGUUCAGCAGGUGCCAGAAAGCAGGGACACAGGGGAAUGGUUGUCAAGGCAGGCUGACAGCUCAGUGGUUGAACACCAGAAGGAUAAAAGUAUAUUAAGCAGGAAACAUAUGUAUCCUGGAUUUAUAGAUGAACGUCUGGGAUGUAUUCAGUACAUACCCUUUGAUGAUCCACGUUUAAAACACAUGCCAGGGGGGCUAUGUGGAAACCCCUUGACUGACUCUGACAAAAUGAAGAAUAUCAAGAAAGAGACGCCCACCGAUAAAGUUUUCAAACAAUCCACACAAGAGAGUGCCUUUUUAUUCCCACCAGGAUUAAUUUACGAUGUGGCGAGCAAAGCGUCCAAUACUGAACAUGCUAACAGCAAUAGAUGGUUUAGUGCUUCACAAAAAGAGAAUGAUAAUCUUGUAGCAUCUAACCAAAACUGUGCCCUGUACCACAAAGAUCAAUCUAACCCUUAUCAGGCCAGAAUGUCUAGGCAAUACCCACAACCAGAUCAAGGCUUUGCCGAAACUGUAACCCAAGUAAAAAAGUUUGAACCAGGCACAGGAAUGGAGAGAAAAAGAAAUUCCAAAAGAACAUUGAAUGAGACCAUAUUCUGCCUGGUGUCUGUACCAGUUCACUUGCAACCCAAUGGUCAGAGCUCAGAUCAGAAUAAUAACACAAUGACUCCAGACACUGUGGAAAAUGCUGCUGGCAAAAACACGGGAAGCUUACAAAACCAAACUCUCCACAGCACAUCCUCAACGGACUUGGAGUUGCAAGCACUUACUGGACGCAUGAUGAACCACAAAGCUAGGAGGAAGCCACAGACGAGGACCGACUCUGAUUACAAAGAGGUAGAUGGCCUCAAGUCCAGCCAACUCCAGAAACACAAAGAACUUCGAUACUCUGGGUCUUGGCCUGGAGAUCAAUACAAAGACCAGGAGACACAAACAAGCUACAUUGAACCUCUACAAGGUGCCAGUCAGGGUGCGCCAAGCAAUCAAGCACACAGUCAGUGCCAUUCCGAUUCUGAAACAAAAGAGCUGAAUUUGGAUACUGAGGGCAUUAGAUAUGUUCAGCACGGGUAUCCCAUGAAAGGUCAGAUGUGCCUGAAACCGUCCAGUAACAGCGCUUUUUCAAGGACAACCAAUUUCUCUAACCAGGUAAACAAGAGCAAAGCACACCAAAUGCAACCCUCAGGAAAUCUAGGGGAGAAGAACAUUUCAGCAAUGAGAUGUGAAACUAAACCAUCCUCUGCCAGCAACGGGAAAGCAGCUUUCGGUCAGUUUCUCCUGAAGCCGGUCAGCCGUCGACCCUGGGAUGCAAUCGAGGAGCUCGAAAGCAUCAACAAAGAACUUCAGGAUCAGAUUGGGAUCCGCGCUGCUGGUAACCAGUUCACAGGGGACCCUGAGGUGGCUUACAAAGAGCCUGGAAAUCUACAAACUGGGAGCUGCUGCACUGAAAUUGUAAAGACAGAAGUGUGGAAUCAGAAGCAGGUACAAUCAGUUCUAUCAGAGCCACCCCCCUACACAACCAGCAGAUUGAACUGCGUGUCCCAGUGCUCGACCGUUCCACCAGACCCUGAGUAUAGUAACAUAAGGGAUGUUUCCCGAACCUCACUGAAGACAGCGGGCGUCAGUAGACUUGCACAAAAAAAUAACCCAGUUCCACAAGAGCAUAAAUAUGGAGACAUUAGGGCAGUUUCCCAAACUUCACUUGAGAGCGUGGUCACCAGUAGAACAUCAAAACAAGAUACCCCUUUUCCAUCAGAGCCUUUAUAUGGAGACGUUGACACUGUUUCCCAAACCGCACUUAAGACUGUCAGUGGACUGUCAAAGCAAGAUAAAAUAGAGCCUGGUAGAAAGAUUAAGAAGGACUUUUCUAUUCCCAAAGUGAACGGGCAAGAGAUGAGCUCAAAUAGUUUUGGCAUCGCCGUUAAAGACAAUAGCUUCCAAGAAAUAAGGAGCAUAAACUGCAAUAUCAAUACUCAACAAGAGGAAAGAAAGCGUGUCAAUGGUUUAACAGGGGUUACAUUUCUACCAGAUAAGGACACCACUAAUGAAAGCGAUGAUGAUGAUGAUGAUGUGAGCUGUAAUUGGAUAACUUACAAGACAGACAAGACGCAGAGUGGAGCCCUAAGUGAACUGUUUGAAAUCAAAAGUGCAGAGGACAUCCCUGAAAACGAAUCCUUGGAAGUGAGGGCUGCUAGGAUAUUAGGGAUAGCCGUCCCGGUUGAAUCUCUGAAUGUUGCAGACCAGCUCCUGGAAUUGGACAAACCAGAGCCUUUGACAGAGAGGCACGCAUUCACUAAAAGUGUAACAGAACGUAUGAAUGGAAAGUCGGGGCAUGUGAGAGGAGAGCUUGAGGACAGCUGCGCAGGUGACAUGGCAGAAUCCGUGGAGCACGUCAGACAUAAGGAGGAACGUGAAUUAACAAAAGCAAGAAAAGAAAAUAAUAUCAUCUGCCUGCAGAAGUGCCAUGUUGAAAACCAAGUUAAAAGAGACCCAGAAAAGGGUGAGAAUGUCUCUGGCAAGUUUCUAGUGCCUGGUGCUAUUGAGGAAACAAUGGUCGCCGCUGUUCCUGACUCGGAUAAGAAAAGCAGAAGCACAUCGAGAAUGAUUGAGGCCCUGCAGGGUAAGCUGGCUUCCUCUCCAAGCCGGAGCGUGUUGGAGCGCAUGGUCAGGAUGAAGGAGGUGGACUCGGUGUCCCGCAUGAGGCGCCUGAGCAUCAAGAGCUCGGACUCGGAUGAAGCGGAACAUGAGAAAACACCUAAACAACGGCAGCAGGAAACGGGAAGUAUAUUUACCUUUACCACUCACCGCGAGUCACUGAAUAACCACUCGUCACAAGGGGCUGCUGUUACAAAAAGAAUUAUAACUCUGACCCAAAGAAAGGAGAGGCUUCGAGAAGAUGAAGGCGGCAUUUACCUUUCAGAUUCCUAUGACCCCAGCAGAGUUGAAAGAGUGUGAGACCCGAGUGACUGACAGACCUGAGCCUCAUCAUCAUCAUGGUCCUUUGAGAUCCAGCUACAGCACUGUGACCUGGCUGCCAACAAUAUUGCCUUCAUUCCACCUAACCCAACGCAGAUUGCCUCCUUCGACACAAGCAUUGUUUACACUGUGUUCUCCGGUUCUGUCAUGAGCGUGCUGUUCCACUGCCAUAAGAAAGCAAUGCCCAAAGGGCCACCAUUUCCUUGCUGUGAGUAAACAAAACGAAACGUGCACUUGGACUUGCAAAACUGUGUGUGCUUCUCAUUGGCGGACCUUUAUGCAAUUCUGAAAUGCAAAACAAAUCUAAAACUGUUGCUAAUUGUUCUUGGCAACAGGGCACAGCUGUUAUUCAAACCAUGCUAUUAUCUCAGCGAACCGGUAUAUAUAAAAAAAAUGUUGAAUGUAACUUCUCAAAGAAAUGUCAGUGUUUUCUAAACACCAGAAUAGAAAGAGUUUCAUGUGAACAUUUUGUCAUAAUCAAUGUUACCUUUUCCAGAUGUGAGUACGGUAAGAGGAGAUGGUAUGGUUAAUAGCUUCUGAAGUCAAGAGAUUAAGGGGCUACAGCAAUGUUUGUUUUUUUAUAGCACUCUUUCGCAAAAAACACCCAUACUGUCUAUCUUGACCAUUUCAAAAAAGAAUGUAGAGCCAAACAGAUAGUGAAUACUCUAGCAGAAUUAUGCUGGAAACAAGUUGAUUCACAUUUCUUAGUACUGAAUGUCAGCACUUGUGAAUUAAAUAACAGGGUUCAUUCCUAGUUCUGCUCCAUGCAAGUAUUAAUUAAACCUUUGAUAAAAGCUAUAUCUGUUGCAGAGUCCAUCAGCCACUAAUAAACAAUCCUUUUUGUUAAGUAUGUGUUGCAGGGACCUAUUCCAUAAAGCAUUAACUGGAGAGAUCUUCAAAGUAUUCUGAAUUUGAUAGAGUUUGGUAUUCAUUACAACGUCAAUCCCCUGUAGUCAUGGAGCACUCCAGAAAUUACAUAAUACUUUAUUUCAUUAAUUACAAGUCUUUAAAUAACCUAAGACAUAGUGCUUUAUGAACAGAGAUUGUAGUUUCUAAACUGAAAAGUGUCAGCAUAGGUUUCUUACAAUGAUCUAAACAAUGUACAUACAUGACUUAAACAAUGAUUAUAAAGAAUAGAUUGUAAGGACCCUAAUUGCAGACUUUUAACUCUCACGAGUUAAUGCUUUAUGAAUAGGGCCCCAAGUUCCAUUUAACACAGUGUAUAUGUAUAUUUUUUGGUUCUUGUUACAGACAUGUAUUUUUUAAUAUCAUUUCACAGAAUCUGUAGCGAGCUACAAGCUGUACAAAGUAAACUGCAUUUCAAGAGAUUAUAUUUAACCUUUAAAAUGCUGACCACUUAUUUCAACCUUGAUUCAGCACAUAACUAUAUUAUCCCAAUUAUUUUAUCAUUGUGUUUGUAUGUUUUCAGAAGGCAAUCGCCCAUAGUUAGCUUUGAAGUGUGUUUGAGUGUGAACACAUUAUACACUAGAUAUCUCUGAGAUGUAGUGCUGCCAACUACCUAGAUCUUUGGGGAACCUGUUUUUUUUUAAAGAGUUGCAACCAUUUAGUACUUACCUAUAUCUGGAGAACCGCAUGUCCAAUUGCCAUGAAACUUGUUAAUGACAGUCUUUAAAAAAAAAAAGGUCAUGGUGAUUGAUUUCUUCACAACACUGAUAUCUCUAAUUGUGCAAUUCCAGCGCUGGCAGGUUUUCUAGCGAGUGGCACAAAGUACCUUGACUUUACUGACAUUGCACCGAGCUCACUCAGUUAAAAUGGCAUUCCUUGUGUCCCCCUAUUGUCAGCAGGGUAACCACUGCAGUUUUCACAGUAAAUUACAAAAAGUUCAAUUCCCCAUUGUAAUCUGUACAUGUAUCUGUGUUUUUAUUAUUGUUAUCAUUGACUGUUCACGUGUAUUUUUUGUUAAUGCAAAUAAGCUGUUUCAAGUUUUAAACAAUAGCCUUUUUGCCAUUAUGCAGUUGAAACAUUUCGCAUUUUUAUUGUUAUGUAUAUGCACAUUACUUAACGCAGUAUUCUACUUAAAAUUAAUUCUGGCAAUAAUAAGCUGAAUGGUGUUGUAGCACCUGGCAUCUGCAGAGCACUAUAAUGUAGUUAAACAAGCGUAUUCAAUUCACUGCUACUGGGUGACAAUAAUAGUUAAAACAUCAAUGCCCUUUACUCAUUGCUAACAUGCUGGCAUGACACAAACCUCUCAUUUAGCAUAUUGAAAGCACAGCUGGAUACAUAUUUUAUGUUCCAACCUUUACAAUGAGUUGUUUUUUGCUUACUAAUACAUUUGCAACUAUUUCAAUAUUUCAUUGAACAUUUUCAUUUGGGAUGAAACUUGGGACCUCAGGUUUCUGAACAGGGAGCAUAACAGCUGCAUCUAUGCCUUUGGAAAGGGCAAUUCCGAAGGUUGCACUUGCAGCUGUGUGCACCACACUGACUGUAACUGGUGCUUCUGAAGCUGUAAGAGUGGUUGUGCUGCGGGGGUUUUAAAGCAUUCUUAGUCAUGGUGGCGUGGAAGCAAAUCAUUUAACCUCUCAGAGCUGUCUCUUGUUCUCAGUUUUGUACCUUGGCAUCUCAAGCAGACUGUUGUAUUUGAGUGUCAUUAAUAUUUUGUAUUGCCCGUUAUGUGCAACGUGAUAGAUUAUGCACAUCUUGUUGUAAUAUUUUAUAUUUUCAUAUGAAAUCGAAAUGCUUUUUUUGUACUCAGACCUGGGCCUUUAUUGCACACAUGAAACUAAAAAAAAAAGAUAUAAUAAUAAAAUAAUUUGCAUUUGGUACUUUUAAAGAAGUCAACCCAAUAAGCAACCAUUGUCUUUCAUAAAGCAUAUUUUUAUUUCGGAAACCUAUGCCAAGAGAAAUGACCUGAUAAGCUAAAGAGCCAUUUAUAGUAUUUUAAAAGGGAUUUGCUUUUCUUUGUGGCACAUCAAUAGUUUGUAUUUAUGAACAGAACAUGUACAUAAUAUAUCACUAUAUGAGUGUGCUAC